CAAAGUCUGAUAUACUCAAGCUCAGUUUUGUCCUGAUCCUCUUGCCGAGCGAGUGUCCAUCCGCCGCUAUAUAACAAUCGUUAAAUCGGCGAAUACGGAAAAAUCCGACGAUCGUACAAAACUGAAAAUACGCGGAUCGGGCGAACUGUGUGCUUUCGGAAUAUUCUGCUUCGGGUCGACAAGUCGGAAUCCGAAAACAAAAAUUUCGAUAAAAAUAAUUAUCAUCGCGUGAACCCCGUGAACGCCGUGUCUUCGCCAAAUAUCGAUAAUUAACUCGGUUUCGCGUCACACCGUUCGAAUAAUAAUUAUACAUGCAACCUCCGUACGGAGACGGAUGUACGUACACACAAUCCGCUAAUUGAUAUACGAUCCGCGCGCGGUACAUGAAAAUAAUGUCUUUCCGAUCAUCGCGAUCGAAAUCAUGAUCAUCGCGAUGAUCGUUUAACGGUUACAACGAGUCAAGAGGGUUGUAUCGAGUGCUUUCGGGAUCGGAGGGAAUGAUAAUUAUUGCACAAGUGGAGUGUAACGAAGUCAGUCCGUGUUCGAGUGACUGACGUCUGACAGCGGGGUGGCGCGUAAAAAGACCUUAAGCGACGGUACGAAGAAGAACCGACGGACUGUGCGGGCCCGUUCGCUUGUUAACCGACCGCGGUGACUCGUACCUUGCAUACAAAACAGCCGAACGAGGCUAAAUGGAAUUGAUGAAAAAAUUAAAAAAAAAUAAAAUAAAAACGCAACCGGAGGAUAAAACCACCCGAUGAAAAUCAUGCGGGGAUCAGUUGGCCUCCUUCGGCCAGCCGAAUCGUGUCGUUCCCAAGUCACGCGGGGAUCCGAGAAAAAUCGAACGCAUGCGAUUAACUGCUGCGUGAAUCGGGAAGAUGUGAAAGAUGAAAAAAUCCCGUUCGCCAAAUGGUUGAUGAAAUAACAUUUGCGUUAUUGCGAUUAUUAAUUUCAGACGUCGAGAUAACGAACGAGGGUAAACAGUGGUGUUCGAUUAACGUUCGCAUGAUAAAAUGCUGCGAGACCAUCUGUCCAAACGAUGUAGAAUGCGAGCACAUGCAACUCAUCGGUGGUGACAUGGGUGAAAUUGCUCCAACGAUAUCGCGAAAUGUUACUCUGGUGUGGCCGACACUGUACCUCCACGAUCGAGUCGGUGAAUGCGUGAUAGCGAUCGGUUACAACACGAAGAACAAUCAGACCGGGGAAAUUCAUCGGAGGAUAAAAUUCGACAGCAGCGUAUCGUCGUCGGCGAAUUCGUUUAUUCGAGGAGGCUAUUACGGUACCGCUAAUCCCAGGAAAUGUUCAACCGUCGAUCUGGACACUCUCGAUGACUGUCGUCCGGUUAACUGUCACGUGAAAUACAACGGGAAAAGGAACUUCUUCAACCGUCGGCAGCAACGGUGUCAGCCAGUUCCCAUCUGCAUAGCUGACGCCACCAAGGACCUACCCGACGUCGCUUACGUGCCGGCCAGCAACACUUGUCGGGAUUUGGAAAACGCUGUGGACGAGGAGGAAGUGCGCACGUUGAGCCAGGGUGUUGCGGAGGCUGCUUGGCGGUCCGAGCCGCUCCCGUAUCUGUCGAACGUGUACUGCCAUCACGGUUCGAAGGACAACGCUACCGGAUUCUGCGUCUGCCACGAGGGAUGGACUUCCCAACCGGUCGAUAAUCUCGAACCGAGUACCGAGAGGAUUCACCUGUGCAACGUCCAGAUGCUCCCCUGGCCUCGCCUGAGACACAACAGACUCAAAACGAUCCUCACUAUCAUAGCAGGAUUACUGGGCGUUCUCGUGGUUCUCGUUUGUUGCGGGAUAGUUUACGUGAUACGUGGAGGUCGAGUUCCUUCGUCGGCCUGUUCUCCGGACUCUGCGAACUGUACGGGACGUCGAGAUCGCGAGGGGGAAAUUGUAGAUGAAAUUAACUCGUGCGCACCCAACUACGCCGGAUCUAACGCUGGAACUUGUUGCGGUUCCGAUGCGAGAACGUACAAGAGAUUCGGUCUGAAAACUAUGUCGGAUAUUUCGUGCAGUCCCACCUGCAGGACUAAUCGAUACUGAAGGAUCGUCAAAAUUUCAACUCUGGAGUUCGACAUUGACGCAAUGUCUCGGCUAUCUUCAUUCUCGAAAUUGUGAUACGAGUAGCUAUAAUAGGAAUAAAUGAAUAUUUCGAUUCUAAAUACCGUCC